AUGAUUCAGAAAUGCUUGUCCAGCUCCAUCAUAGGAAUCCAUUCGCACAUGUUGGCCAUCAUAUUCUCCAAGGUCCAACUGCCACAAGGUCAGGCAAUUCCUCUUUUUCUCUCCAAGGUCCAACUGCCACAAGGUCAGGCAAUUCCUCUUUUUCUCUCCAAGGUCCAACUGCCACAAGGUCAGGCAAUUCCUCUUUUUCUCUCCAAGGUCCAACUGCCACAAGGUCAGGCAAUUCCUCUUUUUCUCUCCAAGGUCCAACUGCCACAAGGUCAGGCAAUUCCUCUUUUUCUCUCCAAGGUCCAACUGCCACAAGGUCAGGCAAUUCCUCUUUUUCUCUCCAAGGUCCAACUGCCACAAGGUCAGGCAAUUCCUCUUUUUCUCUCCAAGGUCCAUCUGCCUCAUGAGCAACUAAUCCUUCUUUUUCUCCAAGGUCUAACUGCCUCAAGGCCAGGUAAUCCUUCUUUUUCUUCAAGAUGGAAGUAA